UAAGUGUUUGACCCGCAUUUUGUGUUCGGUCACCUUCUCCGCCAUGACGGCGCAUCUAAUGUUCCUCCAAUCGAUUCUUCUUUCUUCCUCUGUAACCAAAAUUCUCACAGUUUUUUUUUUCUUUUCUGAAAAUCUGACACUAAAAUUUUCCUAGAUUUGAAUCUGCCAUAUACUCCUUGUCUUUUUUUUUUUUUUUCCUCCACAGUUCAGCUUUUGUGUUCUUCACACAGAGCGAAAGGUUUUUUCACCUUUGAUGAUCACCAGAUUCCCAUUUUCUCGGAAAAUAAAAGAGACUUUGUCUUCAUGCUCUCUCUCUCUCUCCAUCUGUUGAAUUUUUUUUUGCUUUUCCGAAAAAUUAUCAGCAUUUUGAUUUGCUGUUUAUUCCAUCAAAACAUAUAAUUUUCUAGAGGAAACCAUGACUUGUCCGAAUCUUGGCACUUUCUCUGUGUUUUCUUCUUCCUCGUCUUCGUCUUCCCAAUUUGUUUGGAUGGGAAGAGAAAAUUGGCUAUAAAAAAACCAGAGAAAUCGAAAAAGUCAGAAAAUUAUGAGAUCUCCACUCAAGCUCUCAUAGCUGUAAAAUUUUCCAAUUUCUUGUCUUAUGAAUAUCUUUUUCAAAAAAAUCUCGACUUUCUCAGAGAUCACAGCUUUGAAAACGAGGUCAGAUACUAUAACCCGUCACGGUCUUCUCUGCUUUUCUGUUCGGUUGGUUUGAGGUCCUGCCAAAAUCGGUGAAAGAAUCUGCAAUUUGUUUCAGUAAAAGAUUCAAACUUUGGCUCUCCCAGAUCUCACUUCAAUGACAGGAACUGGAACAACAAAAAGACGAAGAAGGAGAAUACAGCUAAGCAAGCUAUACACACUAACAUGCGCAGAAGCAUGUUUCAAGCAAGACCAUUCACAAAUCGGAGGACCCGGUUUCUCUCGGGUCGUGUUCAUCAACGAACCGGAUUCACCUGAAGCUGAUUCGAGAAACUACUCAGACAACUACGUGAGGACCACCAAGUACACUCUCGCCACUUUCUUGCCCAAAUCACUCUUUGAGCAAUUCAGGAGAGUUGCUAAUUUCUACUUCUUGGUCACUGGGAUCUUGUCUUUCACUCCUCUUGCUCCUUACACUGCUGCGAGCGCCAUUGUUCCUCUCUUCUUCGUUAUUGGUGCUACUAUGGUUAAAGAAGCCGUUGAAGAUUGGCGCCGCAAAAAGCAGGAUAUUGAGGUGAAUAAUAGGAAAGUGAAAGUGCAUAGAGGCGAUGGGAAUUUCGAUUCCAAGGAGUGGAAGACACUUAGCAUUGGAGAUAUAGUGAAGGUAGAGAAGAACGAGUUUUUCCCGGCAGAUCUUGUUUUGCUCUCUUCUAGCUAUGAAGAUGCUAUUUGCUAUGUAGAGACAAUGAACCUCGACGGUGAGACCAAUCUGAAAGUCAAACAAGGCCUGGAAGUAACUACGUCCUUGCGUGAAGAGUUUGACUUCAAGGGAUUCGAGGCUUUUGUCAAGUGCGAGGAUCCAAACGCUAACUUGUAUUCCUUUGUUGGAACCAUGGAGCUUAAAGGAGCCAAAUACCCUCUCUCACCUCAACAGCUUCUCCUGAGAGACUCGAAGCUCAGGAACACGGAUUUCAUCUAUGGCGCGGUUAUCUUCACGGGUCAUGACACAAAGGUGAUUCAGAAUUCAACGGAUCCUCCAUCUAAGAGAAGCAUGAUUGAAAAGAAGAUGGAUAAGAUUAUCUACCUCAUGUUCUUCAUGGUUGUUGCGAUGGCGUUUAUUGGUUCGGUUCUUUUUGGAGUUACAACAAGAGAUGAUUUCAAGGAUGGUGUGAUGAAAAGAUGGUAUUUGAGACCAGAUAGCUCCAGCAUCUUCUUUGACCCCAAAAGAGCUCCUGUGGCUGCCAUUUAUCACUUUCUAACGGCGGUUAUGCUGUACAGCUAUUUCAUUCCUAUAUCUUUAUAUGUCUCAAUAGAGAUUGUUAAAGUCCUUCAGAGCAUCUUCAUCAAUCAGGAUAUCCACAUGUAUUAUGAAGAAGCUGACAAGCCAGCUCGUGCACGUACCUCUAACCUGAAUGAAGAGCUUGGGCAAGUUGAUACAAUCCUUUCGGACAAGACGGGAACGUUGACUUGUAACUCCAUGGAGUUCAUCAAGUGUUCUGUUGCAGGGACAGCUUAUGGCCGUGGUGUUACAGAGGUGGAGAUGGCUAUGGGAAGAAGAAAAGGUUCUACUUUGGUGUUUCAGAGCAGUGAGAAUGAUGUGGAAUACAGUAAGGAGGCAGUUGCUGAAGAGCCGACGGUGAAAGGAUUCAACUUUAGAGAUGAAAGGAUAAUGAAUGGGAACUGGGUCACCGAAACUCAUGCUGAUGUCAUUCAGAAGUUUUUCAGAUUGCUUGCUGUUUGCCAUACAGUGAUACCUGAAGUGGAUGAAGACACAGAAAAGAUCUCUUACGAGGCUGAGUCGCCUGAUGAAGCAGCAUUUGUUAUUGCAGCGAGGGAGCUUGGGUUUGAAUUUUUUAACAGAACUCAAACUACCAUAUCGGUAAGAGAGCUUGAUCUGGUGACUGGCAAACGAGUUGAAAGGUUGUACAAAGUCCUGAACGUUCUUGAGUUCAACAGCACGAGGAAGAGAAUGUCAGUUAUAGUGCAGGAUGAAGAUGGGAAACUCUUAUUACUUUGUAAAGGAGCAGAUAAUGUUAUGUUUGAAAGACUUUCCAAGAAUGGUAGAGAGUUUGAAGAGGAAACAAGGGACCAUGUGAACGAGUAUGCUGAUGCAGGACUGAGAACUUUGAUACUUGCAUAUCGUGAACUCGAUGAGAAUGAAUACAAAGUUUUUAAUGAGAGAAUCAGUGAAGCCAAGAGUUCGGUUAGUGUUGAUCGAGAAUCGCUGAUAGAGGAAGUAACGGAGAAAGUUGAGAAAGACCUGAUUCUUCUUGGAGCUACUGCUGUUGAAGAUAAACUCCAAAAUGGAGUCCCUGAUUGCAUUGACAAGCUUGCUCAAGCAGGAAUAAAGAUUUGGGUUUUGACUGGUGACAAAAUGGAGACUGCUAUCAAUAUUGGCUUCGCUUGUAGUUUGCUCAGACAAGACAUGAAGCAGAUCAUAAUCAACUUGGAGACUCCUGAAAUCCAUUCACUGGAAAAAACCGGAGAAAAAAACGCCAUUGCAAAGGCAUCAAAGGAAAAUGUCCUGUUGCAGAUAAUUAAUGGAAAGUCUCAGCUAAACUAUUCUGGUGGAAACUCUGAUGCUUUUGCUCUAAUCAUUGAUGGAAAAUCACUUGCUUACGCGUUGGAUGAUGAUAUAAAGCACAUAUUUUUAGAGCUAGCCGUUGGUUGCGCCUCUGUCAUUUGUUGCCGUUCAUCACCAAAACAGAAAGCUCUGGUGACAAGACUAGUAAAAUCUGGAAAUGGUAAAACGACGUUAGCUAUUGGUGAUGGCGCGAAUGAUGUUGGAAUGCUUCAGGAAGCAGAUAUAGGUGUGGGGAUUAGCGGCGUGGAAGGAAUGCAGGCUGUAAUGUCCAGCGACAUUGCGAUUGCUCAGUUCAGAUAUCUGGAACGUUUGUUACUAGUCCAUGGACACUGGUGUUACAGACGGAUCUCAACAAUGAUUUGCUACUUCUUCUACAAGAACAUUACAUUUGGUUUCACUCUCUUCUUAUAUGAAGCAUACACAACAUUUUCAUCGACACCUGCCUACAAUGACUGGUUCCUGUCUCUUUACAACGUCUUCUUCUCGUCCCUGCCAGUUAUUGCUCUCGGUGUCUUCGACCAAGAUGUGUCUGCACGGUAUUGUCUCAAGUUUCCGCUGUUAUACCAAGAAGGUGUUCAGAAUGUUCUGUUCAGCUGGCGCAGGAUACUUGGCUGGAUGUUCAAUGGAUUCUACAGUGCAGUAAUCAUUUUUUAUCUGUGCAAAAGCUCUCUCCAAUCUCAAGCUUUCAACCACGAUGGAAAGACAGUGGGAAGAGAGAUCUUAGGCGGGACAAUGUACACAUGCAUUGUCUGGGUUGUGAAUUUGCAGAUGGCAUUGGCUAUCAGCUACUUCACACUGAUCCAGCACAUCGUCAUUUGGGGCUCCAUCGUCGUUUGGUACAUUUUCAUGGCGGUGUAUGGAGAACUUCCAGCAAGAAUAUCAACCGAGGAAUAUAAAGUAUUUGUUGAAGCUCUUGCGCCAUCACUUUCUUACUGGGUCAUUACUCUCUUUGUGGUUGUUUCCACAUUGAUGCCAUACUUCAUCUACUCUGCAAUUCAGAUGAGUUUUUUCCCAAUGUACCAUGGGAUGAUACAGUGGCUAAGGUAUGAAGGUCAGUGUAACGACCCUGAGUACUGUGAUAUGGUGAGGCAAAGAUCUAUCAGGCCUACAACAGUUGGGUUCACCGCAAGAUUAGAAGCUAAAAAGAGAUCAGUGAGGAGAUCUGAGCCUGAAUCAUGACAAUGAGAUCACCUAGUAUCGAUUGGAUUGUCUUCUCUCGUUAAUCUGCAUUUUCAGCUGACUCGCAGGACGUAAAUAUAUGAAUCCAGACUGGAGGAAGGCUGUUUAACAGUUGUUGUACAUUCUCUGAUUCUUUGGGCCUUGCCUGGUUAAGAAACAUCUGAUUAUGUCACUGAAACGCAUUAGGGAACAGCUGAAGAUUAUACAUCAGAGUUCCAGUAAAGAGAGUAUGCAAUGCCACACAGUUGUUGCUAGUGGCUGUCAUCUCGCCUUUUCUCUUCUUUUGCUCUUUCAAGAUUGGUACUAGUUCUUUAGUUUUUACUGUAAUUCUUAGAGAAAUGGAGAGUGCAUAGGGAAGUUGUAUACCCCUUUAGUUCCGGUCCUCCUAAGGCUUCAUUAUUUGGAUUCUUGAAUCCAAUAAGACAUCUUGUGAGAUGAGCAAUGAUAAGGAAUGAUCACUGUCUUUAGCUAUUUCAUA